AUGAUAACCUCAGCAUCAGACAUGGAUCAUGCUGCUUCCCACUCAGAAAUACACGACCGUGCCAGUAGCAGCGUCAACGGUACGGAUUGCCCAUUUAUUUUAGUUCCGCUGCUCAUCGAGUCAUUGUUGUCCUCUUCACGCUCAGGCAGCGGCCAUUUGCAGGCCCUUAUGCAACUUGCGCAGGAAAUUGACUCUUGCUGGGCGUUCUUAAGUGCCAGUGAUAUUUCUCAGCUUGAAAUUCUGAACGAAGACGAAAAGAGGAGUACCGAAGAGCGGCAAUAUACUUCUCUUAUUCUAUCAAAAGCCUUCUACCACCUUGGGGACUACGAACAGAGCUUGCUUUUUGCCCUUGCUGCUGGGCCAUCGCUGGUAGGAUGGACACGCCUCGAAGAAUGGAUUCAGGUUUUAAAGACCAAGGCUAUUGAUAUGUUUACGGCCAAUCCGGAAGAUCCACAACUUCUUUCCAUUAUUGAUGCCAUAGUUGGAGAGGCUCUUUCUUUAAGUCAAUACUAUGAAGUAAUUGGGAUUGCGCUGUCCACAGGGCGCAUCAAUAUCUUCAAAAGAGUUAUUGAGCUAUCUCACGGAUCCUCGGCCAAAUUUUCGCUCCUAAAACAUACUUUUGAUGGAUUAACGUCUGACUCUUCGCUUUCUCAAUCCAUGAACCAGGCCGCCUCCAUCAUCUUGCAAGUGGUCCUUUUUCUUGUCGAGGCUUCUCCUCGAAAUCUACUUGUUGAAAUUGUAGGGCAUCUUAAAAGCGAAGAACAGAAGGGAAUCGCCAAGCUAGCACCUCUUUUUGAAGGAUACCUGCAAACGCAAUUUCUUCUCGAGUUUUCUUCUCGAAACAAUCACAUGGAUUCUACUGUAUUGAUGGCAACAAGAUCCCAUUUGAGUGUUAAGAGCUCUCUCCAUCACUGUGCUUUUGCUAUAGCUCAAGGCAUUUCGGCUUGCGGUACCACUUCAGAUAAUGUCUACCGAAGCUCUAUUGAUUUUAUCUCCCACGCAACAAAUUGGGCAAAAUUCACAUCCACUGCAUCUUUGGGAGUUAUUCAUAGAGGACAAACCCCGGGAACUUUAAUUGAUAUCCUGUCCAGCUAUCUUCCCGCAAGCGAUAAUAACUCAUCCUCUCCAUAUUCUGAAGGAGGCGCUUUAUAUGCUCUUGGGCUGGCUACUGCUGCUCCUCCCGCAGGCGGAACGGGAUCUCCAGAAGUUUUUGAGGCAUUUAAGGACAUGAUUCUUCCACAUUUAUCUUUGGAUAUUAACUCUACCACAUAUGAGCCACGCCAACACGGAGCAGCUCUUGCUGUCGGCCUACUUUCUCUUGGCUCAUCUGACACCAAAAUUAGUGGGCUGCUAAAGACGCUUCUAUAUUCUGGCUCCGCCGUUUCUGGCGAGGCCGCUGCCAUUGGCCUUGGCUUAUUGUCUCUUGGAGAUCCAACUGAUGCCGUGGAGCUACUUCGGUAUGCAACAUCAACUCCCCCAGCAUCUUGCCAUGAUAAAGUUAUCCGCGGAAUCGCUAUCGCUGUGUCACUGAUGCUCUCAGGAGCUGGUGACAAAAUAGCACGCCCAAUUAUCGAUGAAAUGACCUCUCCGCACGCUCAUCCUGAGCUUAGGGCUGGAGCUCAGCUUGCAAUUGCUCUCGCCAUGGUGACACCUUCUGGCGAUGCUACUUCAGAAUCUAUUUCUAGGCUCCUUAAUGCUAUCGGGUCUGAUCAAAAUGUUGAGGUACGACGUUCAGCAGCGAUUGCACUUGGAUUUGGCCUACUUGGCUCCCCAUCUAGGCUUCUCGCGCUAACAGACCGGCUUUUGGCCAAUUCAUUUUCCCCUCAUGUAAGAUAUGGAGUUUGUAUUGCUCUUGGAAUUGCAUUGGCAAAUACAGGAAACUCAUUGGCAGUGCGUAUCCUUACUGGCUUGGCUACUAAGGAUCCCAUUGACUUUGUUCGCCAAGGUGCAAUAAUCGGCCUUUCUUUGGUCAUGAUGAAUUUAAACAUUCCAUCGGCAGGAACAUCUGUACGUCGCCUUUUUGAGAAAAUUUCUUCAAAUCGAAACGAGGAUCCAUUGGCAAAGUUUGGUGCUGUUCUUGGACAAGGCAUAAUUGAUGCUGGUGGUAAAAAUUCUCGUUUGCGUUUACUCUUACCAAAUGGACAACGACAUUGGCCAGGGGUCGCUGGCGCUCUUUUAUUCUCAUGCUACUCAUGGAGUUGGUAUCCCAUUGCUCAUAUGCUUUCUCUUGCACUUGUUCCUUGUCCUUUGUUGGGUGUUGCUGUUGUCGAGCCCGAAUUUGAGGUUCAUAUCCCGCAGCUCAACUCCUCCCUGGUCAUUAAUGAUCCCGGCUCGGCAGCCUAUGUUCCUGCAAUGAAAAAGGAAGCAAGCAUUACGGAGAAAGACACUUCUACAGCAGCGAUUCUCUCCAUUACUGUCAAGUCUCGCGCUAGGCAGGCCGCAAAAAGGUUAUCUUCGUCCAAAAGCCAAAUGGAUCUUGUGGACAUCAAUGAAAACUUGCCUGCACAACCAAGCAAUGCAAGUUUAAUAGAAGAGAGCGCCCAGAAGCAGGAUGUGGUCGAAUUGUCGAUGCCAGUUCGCAUUUGUCCUGAACUCAUUGAUAUGGCACCAGAAGACCAUACCGAUCCAACGGCUACCGAAGCAUGUUCCGAUGCAAUUGGCAGCAAGCUGUCGCUUCCAUCGGUUUCUCCUACUUCUUGUGAUGAGGCCAAUGCGAUUUCCAAAAUGAUAACAACACAAACCAAUGUAUCAUCAACUGGCUCGGCAGCCAAUUCUAGCUAUACUACAUUCGCCCCGGACGCUAAAGAAAACACUUCUGGAUGUGUCACUGUUAGCAAUUUUAGCCGAUUGCUCCCAAGACAUGCUCCUUUUGUGAUCUUUGAAGAUCAAAGCACCAAGACAAAAUGUCGCUUCCAACCACUAAUCCCAUCUGUAAGUUAUCGAUUUUGA